AUGUGGGGGACACGGCUGGCACUGCCAGCGCUGGUGCUGGCCGCCUGCUGUGAGCUCGUGGUCGCCCUGCAAUGCUACACGUGUCCCGAGCCCAUCAGCGUGUCCAGCUGCAACACCAUCACCACCUGCAAUGCCAACGAGACCAUGUGCAAGACCACACUCUACUCCCUGGAGACAGUGUACCCCUUCCUGGGGGACUCCACGGUGACCAAGUCCUGUGCGAGCAAGUGCCUGCCCUCGGACGUGGACGGCAUCGGCUGGACCCGGCCCGUGUCCUGCUGCAACACUGACCUGUGCAACGUGGAUGGGGCGCCCACCCUGGGCAGCCCCCGCAGCCUGGCCGGCACCCUCCUGCUGAUCACCCCACUCUUGAGCCUCCAUCUCUAG